AUGGCGGACCGGGACGAGCUACCUCCCAUAGACGAUGAAGAGGCGGGGGUAAUGGGUUUGACUGAGGUUGAUCCCUCCCCGGUCGAAGAAACGCCAGUCGAGUACAGAGAGAAGAGCUACUUUCCAGAUCAGCAAAGAGAUGGAAAUGGCAAUGGGGAAGGAGAUGGUGACACGGAGGAGUUAAGAGGGAUCAGGAGGAUAAACACACUGGGGCUGAGAUUGGGGGAUCAUGGGCCGGCAUGGUGGCUUGUGCGCAUACAAAAGUACUCUUCCUACGCCUUCGCAACAUUCACAGCCCUCCAUGUCGCAAACGUCUCUCUAAUACCACUCGCAACCCGCUCCGUCCUUGACUCGAAUCGCUACUUGCUCCUCACGCGCCCCUUCUAUCAGUCCACUCUCACCGAACCGCUCCUAGUGGGCAUCCCUCUCGUUGCACACAUCACUUCUGGUAUCGCGUUACGACUGUAUAGGCGGCGACAAGCAUUGCAACGUUACGGCGCAGAAACAAAGAGAGACAGAAGGACGAUACCUUGGCCAGUGAUUACCGGUACAAGCGCACUGGGCUACGCAUUAGUCCCAUUCGCCGGGUUUCAUAUAUGGACUACGAGGAUACUGCCGCUGUAUGCGCAUGGCGAUAGCAGUUUGAUCAAUCUGUCGUACAUCUCGCAUGGCUUUGCUUCACACCCUUUUGUAAGCUUUGCGGGCUUCACGGCACUGGUGGGUGUCGGCGUAUGGCAUUUUGUCUGGGGUGCUGCGAAGUGGUUAAAUCUGGCGCCGUCACAGGUCAAGGCCUCGGAAUCACAGAAGUCGCUAGUUAGGAAGAGAAGAUGGUAUGUUAUCAACGGGAUUUCGGCAGCCAUUGCGACAUUAUGGCUAGCAGGUAGUCUGGGUGUGGUAGGCCGAGAUGGCAAAGUGGAAGGUUGGAUUGGGAGGGAGUUUGACGACUUAUACAAGUAUAUACCCUUUCUUGGGAGAUAG